AUGGUGCAAACCAUUGUCUCCCAACGAACCCCUCCGCAUGCGGCGUGGCCCUCGCAGCAACAGGAGACCUCCGACCGGACCCACGCGCCACUCCUAGGCCUUCCGGGCUCGCCUCGAAACCCCACAACUCGACCGAGGAGCAGGGAAGCAGAGGACACGGCAAGUCGCCCCGUACCCGAGGCUCCGACUACCGACUCGACGAACGCCCUACGGGCCCAACUGCGCAUCGUCAGUCAAAGGCUUGACGAGGUACAACAGGAGGUUCGUAAGUCAAAGGGAGAACUAGGGGCGGACGGACACCAAGGACCUCCAUUCACCCCCGAGAUACAGGAUCAGGCGAUCCCGCCGCAUUUCCGCCUCCCCUCCUUGGACGCGUAUGACGGCGCGACCAACCCCGCGGACCACGUGGCCGCUUUUCGAUCCCAGAUGGCGCUAUUCGGGACUUCAGACGCCCUGAUGUGCAGGGCAUUCCCGACGACCAUGCGAGUACUAGCCCGCGCGAGGUAUAGUGGCCUGAAGCCAGGGACCAUCGCCUCCUUCGAUCAGCUCGCCAAGGAUUUUGAACUUAACUUCCUGGCGUACGCCCGACCAAAGCCGUCCAUGGCGUUGCUCUUAGGGCUCAACCAGAAGGAGGAUGAGCCCCUUUCUCACUUUGUGAACCGGUUCUUCUGGUCGCUCGUGGAGAGGCCCCUCGUCGCGGUCCCCGAGAUGCUCCAACGGGCCAGUCAGUUCAUCGCCGCGGAAACCUGGAUGGUGGGAAAGCGGGAGGAGCACAGAAAGGUCAAGUCGGAGCCGCUCCGACAGCAACAACCCGCCGCCUCCCGGCGAAAGUUGGACAGGCCCGACCCAAGGCCUCCUCUUCCCGCCUUGAACUCUUCCCGGACUGAGAUAUUCCUACACGAAAGGGGGAAGGGGCUGCUCAGGGACCCUCACCCGAUGAAGAACCCGCGAGAGCUCGCAGACCGCUCAAAGUAUUGCCGAUUCCAUCGACAACACGGGCACGACACUGAGCAGUGUUACGAGUUAAAAAGACAAAUCGAGGAGCUCAUCCUCAGAGGUCAUCUCGGCCAGUACCUCCGGCCGAGCAAGGAGCAGUCUCCUCGUCCGGAGGGCCCCGCAUCCGGAGGAAGUUCUAUGUCGGGCAGGAAGGCCUAUGCCCGGGCCGCCCCCGAUGAAGCCUUGGGGCUCGGGCCUGAGCCCGAGAUCACCUUCCCAACUGGAGCUACUGGGCGACCCCACCACGACGACGCCAUAGUGAUAUCGGCUAGGGUAGCCAAUGCACAAGUGAGGAGAAUCAUGGUCGACACGGGGAGCUCGGCCGACAUACUCUACUUUGGCGCCUUCCAGAAGCUGGGCCUAGCCAGGGAAAGUUUAAGCCCGAUGCGCUCGGCGCUCACCGGCUUCACGGGAGAUUCAAUAUCGCCCCUGGGAGCCAUCACCCUGCCUCUGACUCUGGGGACCCCACCGAAAUCGAAGACCGUCAUGACCACUUUUCUGGUGGUCGACCUUCCCACCGCUUAUAAUGUCAUACUUGGUUGGCCAACCCUCAACAAGGUCAGAGCCGUCGUCUCGACCUACUACCGGACCGUCAAAUUCCCGACUUGA